CUAUUAAGAUAACGGGAUUAAGCAAGUAAAGAUUUUGAACGAGACUGAGAUCUCCGCAGAGCGGCAGCCGGAAGUGAUAACCCCACUCUUUAUCCAGAGAUAAUCCACCCGCCGUCGUCGUUACGGCGGCGGCGGCGGCGGAAGCGAGAACGGAAUAUUCCUCAAUAUGGAUUUCGAAGAAAAUGAUAACGGCGAGGAAGAGAUGGAUAUUCCGGCCUACCACCCUCCGCCAGGCAAUUCCGGCCGACCCAAGCAAGGAGGAGCACCAGAUCUCCCCGCCGGUAACUUUCCCCGCCACUCCGUUGGCGGAGUGCGCUACCGCGAGUGCCUGAAAAAUCACGCCGUCGGCAUCGGCGGUCAUGCCGUCGAUGGCUGCGGUGAGUUUACGGCGGCCGGUGAGGAAGGCACGAUUGACGCCCUCCGCUGCGCCGCCUGCAACUGUCACCGUAACUUUCACCGCAAGGACUUGGAACCCGGAGGCGGCGGUGAUCGCUCUGGUUUCCACUCACCUUACUCGCCGUAUUACCGCAUGCCGGUGGGAUACCUUCAGUACAACCAGAUGGGGGCUGCGGCGGCGGCGGGGCAGCAGAGAUUUGUGGCGCAUUUGGGUCUUCCGUCGACUUCGGGGGGAGGGUUGAGCAGAGAGGAGCAUGAGGAGGUGAGGGGUGGUGGAGGUGGAGGGCUUGGAGCGUCAUCUUCAUCGUCGGGGAAGAAGAGGUUUAGAACAAAGUUUACGCCGGAGCAGAAGAACAAGAUGCUGGCUUUUGCUGACAGAAUUGGUUGGAGGAUUCAGAAGAGUGAUGAGGCGGAGGUACAGCAGUUUUGUGAAGAAACUAGCAUAAAGCGACACGUUUUCAAGGUUUGGAUGCAUAAUAACAAGCAUACUAUUGGUAAGCAAGCCAUAGAUCCAUCUCCUCCUCCUCUUCCUCUUCCAUCUGAGUCCAUCGGGCAUUAGGGUUUUAUUCUCAUGUUGACUUUUUUGUCUCUCUCUCUCUCUCUCUCUCUUUUAAUGUUUCUGUUAGAUUAUAUAAUUAAUUUCUUUUCCUUUCGUUUGCUUCUAGCUGUUUAUCUGCAGGUCAGGUUUUGUUUUGUUGUAUCUGUUUUUGUUUCGGGAGAUAUGAUGCCGGUGCAUGUAUGGUUAAUCAUAUAGCUUGUUAGAGGGGGCCAUUGCUCAUUCAAUUA